AUGGAUCUUCUACUUACUUGUGAGUUGAGCGCGGUUAGAUCGCUGCCCUGGUCGCUAAUGCGUCAUUCUCAGCCUCAAGAUUCUCAAGCUACGCCUCGCCAAUUGAUGUAUCAAGGGAGGCGUUUAGCAAGACACCACUUUCUGACUUGCAUAUUGCAGAUCAGCAAUGCACAAGUUAAAACCAUCCCCUGUUUGACUAGAACGCCAACCAGAUGGGCCGCGCACAAAACAAUCCAACUCUUGCGCAAUGUCUGCGUCCGUCACGAGCAGGAAUACCAUGACAACAUGUAUAAAUACAAAGAGCUGCCAUCCGGUAAUGGUUUCGGCUCCUCCAAGCCACUAACCCGGAUUCUACACCUGGAGCCCGGACAACAAGACGACCCGUUCCACGCUCGCCUUGAAGUUGCAAACGCAGAAAAGGCGGCACCAUACGAAGCUCUGUCCUACUGCUGGGGGAAUGAAGAGCCCAAUUCCCAUGUCUUUGUCGAUGGCGCUGCUUUGCCAAUCAGGCCGAAUCUCGGGGCUGCAAUUAGAGCCCUGCGUUACCCUGAUAAAGUGAGGAGGAUGUGGAUUGAUGCCCUUUGCAUUGAUCAGUCGAAUAUGGCGGAGAGAUCGCGACAGGUGCGCUACAUGCGUCUCAUAUACAAAUACUGCAGCAGGGUUAUUGUAUGGCUAGGGCCAGCGGUGUCUGGAGUAGAAGAAGCGUUUAAGGCUGCGAAACAAAUUGUCGAAUCUGAGGCAUUAAUAAAGCAGGUCUCAUCCGCUGCAGUUGAAUCAAAUCACGGAAGAAAGCCAGUUGAUGCAAGCAAUCAAAUUCAAGCGGAUAUUCUCUACAACAUCCAACAAAGUCUACCAAAGUCAUCGCUUCAAAACUUGUGCGACAUCUUUGACCGCGAGUAUUUCAGACGGCUCUGGGUACUUCAAGAAGUCGUUGCUGGGCCUCGUCCGACCGCAAAAUGCGGCGAGUUGGAAAUGCCUUUCCUCGACUUGGCUAGCUGCGGCGCGUUUAUAUCCUACUACAGGCAUGAAAGGAGCACAGUAUCGAGACCAAAUGCAUUUGUGUGGAAGAUUCUCGUGUCAGAUCGGGAUAGGGCGCAUUCGAAAGCGGGAAGCCAUGUCGAAGGCUCAAUAGGUUCGCUGGUCACUUUACUUGAGAACUUGCGCGGGUUCAAGACAUCUGAUGAGCGGGAUAGGAUAUACAGUCUUUUGGGGAUAUCUGAUGAGGGCUUGCAGCCGAUGAAGACGCUCACGCAUAGUAUCCCAGGUCAAUAUCUUCCUCUGCUGCACAAGCAGACUACCACGGUGCAGAAUUACAUCAAUACUCAUAAUGCGCUACGCGAUUUUACUACUCCCACUGAACUUAGGCCGGACUACGCCAAGGAUACCGCAAAGGUGUAUACAGAUGUUACUCGGCAUCUCAUUAAGAAGCCGCCUGGUUCUCUUAUCAUUUUGGGCCAUGUCCAUCAUCACAGGGAUCCUACACCAGGCGGAUUCCCGUCGUGGGUACCUAACUGGUUUGAACCGGAAAUAUAUCAAUCAUUCAACACUGUCAGAUACUACGAAGCAGGGAGAUGGCAUUUACGCAAUGUACCGCUAUGGCGUAUCCGCCCCGUCAUCUGGUCAGAAGCGGUAGCCCAUCCCCAGCGCUUAAGCCUAGAGGGCUUCCCACUGGGAAAAGUACAACUCGUAACUGAUAAAAUAGCAUUAUCAGACUUUCAACGCGGCUCGCCAGAAGCUGUGAACGAAAUCACACGCCUCUGGUCGCAGUUGUUUCCGUUCCCCAUGGUUCCACGACCAGCACCAGCAUACCGAUCUGGAGAACCGCUCGACGAGGCAUUUUGCUUAGCCCUCUCAGCAGGUAGGCUUGGAGUCCUAAUUCACCAUGUGGCAGGUGGUCCAGGUGCAGGCGGGAGCAUGGGAUUACUACCUCAGCCGCCACUCCUGAAGAGACAAGUCGGAGAGCAGAUAACCAGACGAGGGAUUCGGGGGUUUCUGGCUAUUUUGGCUUCCCACAGGGGACAGCCGCCCCCAGCGCCUCAUCCGCUUAAUGGUUGGUCUUUGGAGGAUAUUGAUGCUUGGUAUACGGGUGCUAUUUGCUUUGCUACGAAUCGGAGGGCGUUUGUUACGGAUACGGGGUAUCUUGGUAUUGGGCCGAAUAUCAUGCGGCCGGGGGAUGAGGUGGCGGUAUUGUAUCGCGGGACUACGCCGUAUGUAUUGCGUCGACAGCCUGAUCAUCAUUUGUAUAUUGGGGAUUGUUAUGUCCAGGAUGAUGGUAUUAUGUCUGGGGAUGUGGCUUCGAAGGCGUUGGAGGGAGUUGGUCCGUCUUUGGGGAUGUAUGAGCUGAGAUAG